UCAUCGUAGGGUUAUAUUGUGGCGCUACUGUUCCCAAAUAAUAUACCGGUCUUCUUAUUGUUUUUCUAAUUUGACAAUUUUAGAUUUUUUUUCCUAUUCGAAGAAAUAAAUACGGAUUAAGUUCUAUUAGGAUUUUUAUGUGCUUCGAUAUGCAUCUUUUUGAAUAAUGAACAAUAAAAGAGAGGGUUCCAAUAACCAAAAUACUUUUUCAUCCAAACAAGUAAAAGCUAAUGAUGAAUUUCCCGAAAAUCCAGGACCAUCGACAAAGAAGAUUAAUGUACGGUCUAAUGCUCUCCUUGUCAGCCCAAAACAAAAAGGAAAUCCCUUGUUGAAAUUUAUAAUCAAUAUACCUUGGGAAUAUUCUGACAUUGUACCAGAUUAUGUGAUGGGAAAGACUACGUGCGCUCUUUUUUUAUCCAUAAGAUAUCAUCAAUUGAAUCCGGAUUACAUUCAUGACCGUCUUAAGUUAUUAGGCAAUGACUACAAUCUUCGAGUCCUCUUGGUUCAGGUAGAUGUUGCGGAUCCACAUCAUGCCUUAAAACAUUUGACACGAAUGUGUAUACUCGCUGAUUUAACGCUGAUGUUAGCUUGGAAUGUGGAAGAUGCAGGAAAAAUUAUAGAAACUUAUAAAAUUUAUGAGAACAAACCACCUGAUAUAAUAAUGGACCGCAGUGGAACUGCUCCCUAUCAAAAAUUGGCCAAUGCAUUUACCACAAUUAGGUCUGUUAACAAAACAGAUGCGACAACACUUUUAUCAACGUUUGGCACGCUAAAAGAUAUAGUAAAUGCAUCGACUAAUACUUUAGCUUUAUGUCCUGGGUUUAGUUUUCUAAAAGCAGAAAGGCUACAUAAAGUAUUGCACGAACCUUUUUUAAAAACUAAUUAUAAUAAGAUUUAAUAUAUAUUUAUUAAGAAUAUUUAUUAUUAUGUGGUUAAA